CAGUGCCCUGCACGUGGAGCUGGGGGAAGGCGGGCCGGGGGCGCUGGGCGGGGCUGCCCCCCAGUCCGGCGAGGGGGCGAUGGUUCCGCCUUCCUCCGGCAGCUCUGCGGGUGGCCGGCCAGAGGCGGGCCUGACUCGGCGCGCGGGGGCUCCAGCCUCCGCUGCCCCGGGAGCUCUCGCUGCAGAGGGAGGCUGGGGAGUUUCCGCUCGGACCCGAGCUCCGGAGAGCCCGUGACCUCCGGGCGGCUCGCAGCUCGCCUUGCGGUAAGGGCCCCCCGCCGCAGGAGGCGGGUAUGGGGGCUGCUGGCUGCGUUUGCCCGGGGAGGGAGCGAGAGACACUUUCGCAGCUCAGGUUGCUGUCUCAAAGGAAAGGAUGCUAAAGAUGAUACAGCUAAAUUAAGAACCUAUUGGAAAGUGAAUCAUGCACCUUUCUGAAAGGAGCUGAAAUGCAGCCCUCUGACAGGGUCAUGAACCUGAGACAAGUCUUUGUGACUAUAUUGAUGUUUGGAGUAGCAGGUCUACUCCUCUUCAUGUACCUGCAGGCCUGGAUUGAAGAACAUCAUACAGUGUCUGGAGAAAAAUUACAACAGCAGAUAAUUAAUCAGGAUUCCAAGCUCCCACACCCAGAGGAGCUUGCCACGGCACCAAAAAAUCAGAGUGUUGCUGCUAACCUUAACAAGCGACAGACAACUGUAAUCAUGGGCAGACACUCACAGGAGAAAGCCACUCCUUUUGGUGAGAUAGCCAGCUCUUUGGUGAGCCGAUUAUCUGAACCGCAGAAGAUGACUAAAGCCCUUCUAAAACAGCUUAAACAAGUGAAUUUACCAACAGUGAUGCGCCCUUUAAAUAAGAGUUUAAUCAAAGAUGACAGAUGGAAAAACAUAGAUGAAGCUCAAGAGAAACGCAGAUAUUUUCUUUAUGACUUCUGUAAAAAAUACAGUAGUGAGAACCGGCUUAGAACCCAUCUAGUGCGUAUGGUGUCCAGAAUAUACGUGGAGGAUAGACACAAAAUCUUAUACUGUGAAGUGCCUAAAGCAGGCUGUUCCAACUGGAAAAGGGUUCUGAUGGUGCUUAAUGGACUUGCCUCUUCAACAUUCAGUAUUAGCCAUGAUGCCGUGCACUAUGGAAAGCAUCUAAAGAAAUUGGACAGUUAUGACUUAAAAGGGAUACAGACACGUUUAAAUACCUACACCAAGACCAUAUUUGUACGUGACCCCAUGGAAAGAUUGGUGUCUGCAUUCAGGGAUAAAUUUGAACAUCCAAACAGCUACUACCACCCAGUGUUUGGAAAGGCAAUCAUUAAGAAAUAUAGACUUAAUGCACGUGAAGAGGCCCUGAAAACCGGAUCAGGCGUGAAGUUUGAAGAAUUCGUCCGAUAUUUGUUAGAUUCCCAUCGCCCAGUAGGGAUGGACAUACACUGGGAGCAGAUUAGUAAACUCUGCCAUCCCUGCCUCAUCAACUAUGAUUUCAUAGGGAAAUUCGAAACGCUAGAAGAAGAUGCCAAUUACUUCUUGCAACUGAUAGGUGCUCCAGCAGAUCUGAAGUUUCCUAAUUUCAAAGACAGACAUUCCUCCGAUGAAAGAACAAAUAUGGAAGUAGUGAGACAAUACUUAAAGGAGCUGUCAGGUUCAGAGAGACAGUUGACCUAUGAUUUUUAUUACUUGGAUUAUUUAAUGUUUAAUUAUACAAUGCCAAUUGUAUAGCUCUGAAUGAUUUCAAAAUUCCAUCAGACAUUUAAUGAUUUUGGCCUCAGACCAGCAACUGUAAUAUUACCAUACAGUUCUGAGUGGAAGAAAUGUAACUACUAAGUGUAAUUGUCUUGACUUAGUGGAGAUUUUAUAAAUGAAAGUGACACCAAUUGAGACAAAAUUGUUGGAGCAAUGCACAAAAGAGACCUAUAAACUAUCUAAUUUGCAAUAAAAGGUCUGAAAAAAGCUGCUUUUGAAUAUGGAUUAUAUUGUGGAAGCAGUAAUCCAGCCAGCUGUUUCAUUAGCUCAGCUAAUGUUCUUGUAAUGGUUGAAAAACAUUCAAAAUAGCAUGGAUUUGUGUGUGUCUAUAUAGGAAUAAUGUGUCGAGUGUUUUGAAUGUAUAUUUUUUGCUGUCUGUGGCAUAUUAAUAAAAAUCAUUGGCUAA